GACGCGACGGGGUUUAACUCGUGUUUAACCAGGUAAUAAUAACAAGAAAGGGUUUAUUUCGUGUUUAAUAUGUUUACUACGUAAUAAUUGACCAGAUAGUAAGCGUUCGUUUGGAAUUUACCAAAAGCGAAAAUGAAAGUAACCGCUUGAUUUUCUCGGAACUCGAUACUUUUGUAACAGGGACCUCAACAGGGAGGAGGAUAUCUAUAUAAACGAUCAGAACGGGACUUUACCACUGUAUUCAACGGUUUAACACGUUGUUAACAGAUUGAUACCAUUCCGUACUUCUACACCUCCUACGGAUGACAGUCUAUAUUAAAAACUUUGACUGAAUCAAUGUACAAAGUGUACUUGCAUGUUUCUGGAAAGCAGAGAAGAGCUAAAAAUAGAUACACUUUAGUUGUCAGCUCUAUAAUUAGACGGAAAUCCCGGGAUAUCAAUAGGCCUAGCUAUCGCAGUGCUUGCUACUCACAUUCAACCGGUCUGUUCCCGAAUUGUGAAGGUAUACCUCGGCAGAUUGUAUGAACGUUACUAAAUAGCAAUGGAUAACACAAUUCUGAACCAUUUUUAUGAGAAUAAUGUGAAAAUGAGACGUGACGAAACAAAGAGGGUUACUAAAGAGGUGUUACCACUGGUGGACGAGUUACUAAGGUAUGUUAAUCAGAGAGACAGCCGAUUUCUGAUCCCAACAGUGAAGGUUGGGAGCUACCACACACAUCUCAAAGUAGAGAGGCCAGACGAGUUUGAUUUCAGUGUAAUCGUCGAUGUAGGGAAACUGUAUUGGUCAAACAAAUUUUGUCCAAGAAACUAUGACUUUGAUAAAUCUAAGAAAAAUAUAGAGAGCACGGCGAUUGCUCUACCAAACCCUCCUGCUGGCCAAUGUUUCAUUGAAUAUGGCAGUCUAGUAGCAAGGUGGGAUUCCGAAAGACUUAACGAUGGUGGAGCGAGCAUGACGUUUAAUAACGAUAUAGUGCCGAUCAAAGUUAAGAGAAGAUUCAAGGCUCUUAUAGCCGAGGCGGUGAACCAGCCGAAGAUGAGAAACCGUGUCACGGCAGAUCGUAUGUCUGAUUCCCCAGCAAUAACACUUUCCAUAACAUUUCCGAAUAUUAGCUAUCCAAUCAGCAUUGAUUUGUGCCCCAUGAUUGAAGCAAGUGUGGAAUUUAAAAAUGAAUUCAAUUGGCCAAUGCCAAUACAAGACCGAGAAUGGCCGUCAGAUCAAAAGAUUUCCUGUAUCAAGGAUAUCGGGAUACAUGUUGUAGCCAAGGCGCCAUUUUAUUGGACAUUGUCUUUUGCUGCAUGUGAAAAGGAGCUUCUGGAAAGCAUCGACGAAAACGGGACAUGCAGGAGGAAAUGCCUUCGUAUUCUGAAGACUUUAAAAGAAAAAACAUGGUGCAAUCAUAAUGCCAGAAAAGGUCUAACAUCAUACCACCUGAAGAACGUGCUGUUCUGGGAGUGUGAGUAUCACCCAUUAGAUACCGAAUGGCAGCAGGAACUAUUGGCGACCCGUGUGGAGUCAAUGACGUAUCGUCUGCUGGGUUAUCUCCAGAGGGGAAAUCUUCCACUGUACUUCCAUACCGGGGUUAAUCUGCUCUCCAGCAAGGAUAAAGACGUACUGCAGCAGGAAAUGAACAAUAUCGUGACUUUUCUCAAUCACCCGAGACUAUAUUUGCGUGGGUAAUUUUGUCAAUUAUAUGUAUUAUUUGUUUUCUUUACAGUAUAACAUGGACCAUUCAUUUUGUGUCUAAACUUUAAUUGUUUUCUUGGUUGCUAUGCAACAACGAAUAUUUUGUGUAUGUUUAUUGUUACAUUAUUGUUAACUAAGAUUAUAAUGGAAAUUGUUUUGUAAACUCCAAUAUUACGAAAGAAAGUACACACAAUAUUUCAUGUUAUAUAGUAUUAGUAUUACAUCUGGUCCGUUAAACUGGGCCUAUUUCAUGUCACUAAUAAACUAAACUUGUUUAAUAAUCUGCAUUAUUAUCAUAGCAUAACGUUCUUACCAAUGCGUAAUUUUAAAAUUAUUAAGAGAGCAGACGCAUACCCUCCCGGGCUAGUAAGGAAACGCAUACUCUCCCGGGCUGGUAAGGAAACGCAUACUCUCCUUGGCUGGUAAGGGAACGCAUACUCUCCCGGGCUGGUAAGAAAACGCAUACUCUCCUGGGCUGGUAAGGAAACACAUACUCUCCCGGGCUGGUGAGGGAACACAAACUCUCCCAGGCUGGUGAGGGAACACAUACUCUCCCAGGCUGGAAAGGGAACACAUACUCUCCCAGGCUGGUGAGGGAACACAUACUCUUCCAGGCUGGUGAAGGAACACACACUCUCCCGGGCUGGUGAGAGAACACACACUCUGCCGAUCUGGUUAAAGAACGCAUACUCUCCCGAACUGGUAAAGGGAACGCACACUCUCCCGGGCUGAUUAUAGAACACACACUCUCCCGAGCUGGUUACAGAACACAUACUCUCGGACUUGUUAUAGAACACAUACUCUCUCGGACUUGUUAUAGAACACAUACUCUCUCGGACUUGGUUUAGAACACAUACUCUCUCGGACUUGGUUUAGAACACAUACUCUCUCGGACUUGUUAUACAACACAUACUCUCCUGACUGGUUAUAGAACGAACACUCUCCCGGGCUGGUUACAGAACACACACUCUCCAUGACUGGUUACAGAACACACACACACACUCCAUGACUGGUUAUAGAACACACACACUCUCCAUGACUGGUUACAGAACACACACACUCUCCAUGACUGGUUACAGAACACACACACUCUCCAUGACUGGUUACAGAACACACACUCUCCAUGACUGGUUAUAGAACACAUAAUCUCUUGGACUGGCAUACUCUCCCAUGUAUGUAUCUCUUCUUACUGACCUUUAUGUAUCUUUUCUUACUAACCUUUAUGUAUCUCAUCUUACUGACACUUAUGUAUCUUUUUACUGACCUUUAUAUAUCUCUUCUUACUGACAUUCAUGUACCUCUUCUUUCUGAUGUUACUGAUAUAUAUCGUUUUCUCCACAGUUAUAAAUUGACAGUGUGUUAGAUAAGAUGCUUUAGUUAACGAUAGUAAAAAAUAGCGUACACGUAACAAAAUUAUUGUGUUCACAUAGUGUACACUUCGAAACCCACUUUUGAAAUAACAUUGUAAACAAUGUUCUUGAUUAUUCUUUAAUGAAAUAAACCACAUUUUAUCCUAAUGUAUUGUGUGUCUUUGGUACAAUUCUUUGGGACUGCAGGUGGGGACUGCUAGUUGAUUUUCAAUCCUCGAGGUCCAUUUUAACUUUCUUGUCACGUUUUAGUUCAUGUGAUUACAGUGUACUGACAGUUUUCUGAAUAUCGAGAUGUAUGCUGUAGUCUCAUUAAUUUUGACUCCACUGACGUAACUCUCAAUUUGCUUAGAAAGGUAUCCAUUGUAAGAUCAUUUCAGAUGUACUGCGUUUAUGUUUUUACUUAACAUGAUUAAAAAAAAGCUGAUGUUGUCUUUGAUUAUGAGAGAAACUUGCAGUAAAAACCAAGGAUCCAACGGCUAUUGAGGCACUAA